AUGAAUAUGCCACAGAAUCGUUUGUGGAUAAAAAAGGAACUGAGAGUCUUGGGGACCAUACAAUUAAUGACAAGCCUGAUUAUACAGAGCCUAGGAUACUUCUGGACAUACCUGUUCUUUUCUCAAACUAUUGUAUUUGGAUUUGGAAGUAAUUAUCCUCCUAUCAUAGGAAAUUCGGGAUACACACUUUGGGCCUCCUUGCUUUUUAGCCUAUCAGGAAGUUUAUCAAUAAUACUACAGAAGAGGCCUUCAAAUCAUACGCUGACCUGGACCCUGACGAUGAAUAUCCUAAGCAUCUUCGCAACACUAGUUGGUGUAUUUUUAACAACAAUCGAAAUGAUAGUGACUUCAAGUGUACAUUCUUCCCUGUGGCAAUAUAAAAGUGGCAGGGUGCUUACAGAAUAUCUGUUCCUGUUCAGCAUGUUGGAGUUGUUCGUGUCAUCCAUAGUAACUGAGUGGAUCUAUAGAGCAAGUCAAAUAGAAUAA